AUGGGCAUGGAAGAAGAACAGACCAACUGAUGUUCUUUCUUUCUUGCACACAUGUUUAAAAAGUAAUUCCCAUACACAGCAAGCAAGCACCGGCUACGCUCCUCCAUUAAUAACAUCACGCUUCACCCACCUCUUUGCUUUCUGGUUUUGUGAUCUUGGAAACUGAACUUAAAACACAACCUACUCAUGGAUUUCAUUCGUAUGGCCUCUUUCCUUUUGCUCAUUAUUUGUGUUAGUGGAGUCAAGGGUUUGGGAAAGUACAUCACCUGGGACGAUAUCAAAAUACACUACCAAGAUAAUGAUCAGGAUUACAAAAAGAUAACAGAAAGGCUAAGUUUUCGGAACGGAGAUGAUGGGAAUCAAAGUAGAGUGAUCGUGGUUGAUCAAAGUGGCCACGGUGAUUCGCGGACCCUUCAAGCUGCUGUUGAAAUGGUCCCGGUUAACAAUUCCAUUCGGGUCAAGAUUUACAUUCUUCCUGGUGUUUACAGAGAGAAAGUGAUGGUUCCGGCUUCCAAACCCUACAUUUCUUUCAUUGGAGAUCCUAACCAUGCUUCCGAAACGGUUCUAAGCUGGCACGACAAAGCCUCCGACAGAUAUAAAGAUGGUUCGGAACUAGGGACUUAUAGAACAGCUUCUGUCGCCGUGGAAUCGGACUACUUUUGUGCUUCUGGGAUUACCAUUGAGAAUACAGUUGUUGCAGUGCCAGGAGGGUAUAAAAUGCAAGCAGUAGCAUUAAGGAUUGCAGGAAAUAAGGCAGUGCUUUAUCGCGUACGAAUACUUGGUACACAAGACACCCUUCUUGACGAAACCGGAUCACAUUACUUCUACCGAUGUUACAUUCAAGGAUCGGUUGAUUUUAUCUUCGGCAAUGCAAGAUCACUCUACAAGGAAUGUAGCCUGCAUUCGGUGGCUGAUAAGUAUGGAGCUAUUGCAGCACAUCAUAGGAACUCAGAAGGAGAGGAUACUGGAUUUUCUUUUGUCAACUGUUCUGUAACAGGAAGUGGUUUGGCAAUCUUUUUGGGGAGAGCAUGGGGAAACUACUCAAGGGCUGUUUAUUCGUAUUGUGAUAUUGAUAAUAUCAUUGAUCCUUCAGGUUGGAGCGACUGGAACCAACCAUGGAGGCAAAGGACCGCGGUUUUUGGAGAAUAUGAGUGCCGAGGAAAAGGUGCAGAUAGAAAGAAACGCGUAUCUUGGUCCAAGUCAUUCGAGUUUGAAGAAGCACUUCAUUUUCUUGAUACAGAUUUUAUUGGUGGAAAAGACUGGUUGAGACUUUAAGUUUAACAAUAGUGGUGUUUGGGUACCAAAUAUAGUCCAUAAAUCAUGAAGUUAUAUGUUUUUUUUAUUUAUAUUCAUGUCCAUAUAUAUAGCAGUAGAAGUUUUUACCAAA